CCCCACCCAUCCCCUGCCUGCAGAAGAGGGGCUGUUACCAGGCACUGCCCCUUGAGGAAAAAGAGGGACAAACUAAAACAGUUAAUGAUUUAUCACUUCUGCAGCAGCGAUGUUUCAUUUAUUCCCAUAAUAUGUGGAUAAACUGUAAUCUUAUUCAUCUGUCAACUAUUCUACCUCUAAUCAUUAACAUCAGUCUCUGUAUGGCAACUUGUUAUAAUGGAGAGUAUGAAAUAAAUGGCCAGUGCUGUCCAAUGUGUGAUGCAGGAAAACGAGUUUAUUUGCACUGUGAUGAGUUCUCAAGCAUAACAUGUGUAUCAUGUACUAAAGACACUUACACUGAGUCUUCUAAUGGAUUAAGAGAGUGCCUGCAGUGUUCUGUCUGUGAUUUAAGUAAUAACCUGAGAGUUAUAAAAGCAUGUACAGUGACAUCCAAUACAGCGUGUGAGCCUCUGCCAGGUCAUUACUGUAUAGAAGUAAAUGGGAAAAGCUGUUUAAAGGCUGAAAAGCAUUCAACCUGCUCACCUGGACAGUAUAUCAACCAGACCGGAACAGAAUUUCGAGAUACAGUGUGUGCACCCUGCCCUGCUGGUUCAUAUUCAGAUGGUACACUUUGUAAAUUACACACAAACUGUGAAUCUUUUAAGAAAAUAACAAUUAAACCAGGAACAGAAAAAGAUGAUGCUGAGUGUACUAAUGAUGAACAAUCUUAUAAACUACCUCUGAUUCUUAUGUUUGGAGUGUGUGUGUUGGUUGUCAUAGUUGUAAUUGUUGUAAUUAUUGUAAAGAAGAAAAAGUCUUAUCGUCUAGCAGCUCAAGAUCCACAUUCAAGGUUAUAAACAUUAAAUGUUUUUGUAAAAACCAAACAUGCAUCAUGAGGGGUUUUUGUACAGACUUUCUAAUACAUUUAAUGUAAUUUUUUAAAAUGAAUCUGGUUAUUUGCUUAGAUUCAGCUUAGAUUCCCCCACCCUACUGAUAAAGUCAUAAAUAAGUCACUUUGCAAAUUAGCACAUCAAAUGUCACUGUGGAGAAAAAAGGAAACACACAGUCUUUAGGUGGAAAAACAGAUUUUUGGGGGACCCCCUUGAAACCUGGUUCUCCAUGUGACCGAGGUUUGUGUACUCCUUAGUUCCAUUACCAAAAUACCCAUUCAUUUUUCCCAUAGACAAUUGGAUUAUUGCAAAAAAUAAGCUCUGUAUUUAACCAAAGUUUUUGACUGCUACACAUUUUGUCCAACAAGAUCAUCUUUACAGAUGAACACAACUUUUAUGAUUUUGAAAUCUAAAUGCAUUUACUAGAAAUUAAAUCACCACCAAGUUUCGGACAGCUCUUUUAAUAUAAUAUAUAAGAUAAUA